AUCUGUAACAUUAUUUAUUUGAGACAGCGUUUCAAUCGCUUUGGGUAGAGUGCCGCAGUGUUGUCAUAGUUCACUACAGCCUCAAACUUUUGGGUUCAAGAGAUCCUCUCGUCUCAGCCUCCUAAGAAGCUGGGACUACAGGCAUGCUGCUACCACUCCCGGCUCAUUUUUCUAUUUUAAGUAGAGUCAGAAUCUUGCUUUACUCAGGCUGGUCUCGAACUCCUGCGUGAUCCAUCUGCCUCGGCCUCCCAGAGUGCUAGGGUUACAGGCGUGAGCGACCACCUCCCAGCCAACAUCUUUUAAAUCUUGAUGGUGUUCAGCGGAUGAGCCAGAACCGUUUCAGGUUUGGGACCUCAGGGUGCUUAUCUGUGAAAUGGCCUUUUGGGUCCGGAGACAGGGGCCUGCAUAUCUCGACCCUUAUGUUGACCCAGAAACUGGGAAGCAAUGAAGAUUAUCGGUCUUCUAGCAGGGCCCUCUCACUGCACCGCUCCCUUAUUUUUCUCUUCCCUUCUCCAGUUAGAGGUGAGGCGCCCUCCAGUGGCACAGGUUUUGCUCAGACUCUGGCACCCGGAGUUUGGGUUACAAUCUUAGGCCGGUGCGUGUAUAAGUCUCUCCUCCCAAGCAAAGAGGCAGCUGCUGCGCAAGCGGCUGGGAACAAAUGGGCGGGGAAAUUUCCGGAAGUCUUUCUUCGCAGAGAGGUGGGGCUGGGCGCUCCGCAGUCCUCCCAGGGCUCUUCUGACCGCCGCUCUGCAGCUUCUCGCCUCCUCUUCGCUUGCGCUCCCAUAGCGGCCGCUCGUGUCCCGCCCCCUCUCCCUCCCAGCGAGUCUUCUCCGGGCCGCUCUGGCCCAAGCGUCCCCUCGUCUCUCUGAUCUGGCCUAUCUGACUCUAGAGGGAGACGCGGGUGGGUGAGCAAAGCGGGUGAGUCUAUGGGGUCCAGGCCCAAACCCCGGAAGACUGGCUCCGCCCCGGCACCCGCUCGCGCCCCGCCCCUGGCUGGAGGAGUCUCUCCCAGACCAUUCGAGACUGGCCUGUCCGGGCCCGCAUCUUCUAUGGAGGCCCCUGCCGGGCUAUAGAGCCCUUCGCCCCGUGGGGACCCACUCAUCUGUGAGGUCCCUUUUAGUCUGCAGCGGCCUGAAUCUGUAAUUGCUGGACACUGUUUAUGGGGUAGGCCUCUCUAUGGGGCCUGUGUCUAUAGGGGACCACAACGGUCCCUAAGGGUUGGCCCCAUCCAUUACGACUACAUAUACAGGGCCUUCCAUCCAUCUACAGGCGCCGCUCCUCGGCUUUUAGAGCCGGUCAACAACCUUCGCAGAGACUGCGUCUCCGGCACCUCCCCAUUCUACAUGGUUGUGCUAUCCCUAUAGAGGUCACAUUUGCAGGACCUUAAGCUAGGUAGAGGGUCCUCUCCAGGUCUUUACCACCCAGCCUGUCUGUAAGGGUCAGUGUGAGAGGUGUCGAUGGCCCUGGUCCAGGCUCUGGCCACGACCCUGGCCUUAGCCGUGCUGGGGUCGCUGUCCCCUGGAAUCCGGGCGGGUGACUGCAAGGGGCAGAGGCAGGUGCUGCGGGAGGCACCAGGCUUCGUGACGGAUGGUGCUGGCAACUACAGCGUCAAUGGCAACUGCGAGUGGCUCAUCGAGGCCCCAAGCCCCCAGCACCGGAUCCUGCUGGACUUCCUUUUCCUGGAUACGGAAUGCACAUAUGACUACCUGUUUGUGUAUGAUGGCGACUCCCCCCGAGGACCACUUCUUGCCAGUCUGAGUGGGAGCACCCGGCCUCCACCCAUUGAGGCUUCCUCAGGCAAGAUGCUGCUGCACCUCUUCAGUGAUGCCAACUACAACCUGCUGGGCUUUAAUGCCUCCUUCCGCUUCUCCCUGUGCCCGGGUGGCUGCCAAGGCCACGGGCAGUGCCGGCCUCCAGGUGUGUGCACCUGUGAACCGGGCUGGGGUGGCCCUGACUGCAGUCUGCAGGAGUGCUCAGCCUACUGUGGCAGCCAUGGCAUCUGUGCCUCGCCCCUGGGACCAUGCCGCUGUGAGCCUGGUUUCCUGGGACGUGCCUGUGAUCUGCACCUGUGGGAGAACCAGGGGGCUGGCUGGUGGCACAAUGUGAGUGCUGGGGACCCUGCCUUCUCUGCCCGUAUUGGGGCAGCUGGUGCCUUCCUGUCCCCACCAGGGCUGCUGGCUGUUUUUGGAGGCCAGGACCUCAACAAUGCACUGGGUGACCUCGUCCUGUAUAACUUCUCCACCAACACCUGGGAGAGCUGGGACCUGAGACCUGCCCCGGCUGCUCGUCACUCCCAUGUGGCUGUGGCCUGGGCUGGCUCCCUCGUGCUCAUGGGUGGUGAGCUGGCUGAUGGCUCACUCACCAAUGACGUGUGGGCCUUUAGCCCGCUGGGCAGGGGCCACUGGGAGCUCCUGGCACCAGCUGCCUCCAGCUCCUGGGGGCCCCCAGGCCUGGCAGGUCAUGCAGCUGCCCUGGUGGAUGACAUCUGGCUCUACGUGUCUGGGGGCCGCACUCAGCAUGACCUCUUCUCCUCCGGCCUCUUCCGUUUCCGCCUCGACAGCAUCAGUGGGGGAUAUUGGGAGCAGGUGAUUCCGGCAGGUGGGCGGCCUCCUGCUGCCACUGGCCACUCCAUGGUAUUCCAUGCUCCCUCCCGUGCCCUGCUGGUCCAUGGUGGACACCGGCCUUCCACUGCCCGGUUCUCUGUGCGGGUGAACUCCACUGAGCUAUUCCACGUAGAUCGGCGGGUCUGGACAACACUGAAGGGCCGGGAUGGACUUCAGGGUCCAAGGGAGCGUGCCUUCCACACGGCCAGUGUCCUGGGCAACUACAUGGUGGUCUAUGGGGGCAAUGUGCACACCCAUUACCAGGAAGAAAAGUGCUAUGAAGAUGGCAUCUUCUUCUACCACCUUGGCUGCCAUCAGUGGGUAUCAGGGGCUGAACUUGCCCCCCCCGGAACUCCUGAGGGUCGAGCAGCGCCACCCAGUGGUCGGUACUCACAUGUGGCAGCGGUGCUUGGUGGCAGUGUCCUGUUGGUGGCUGGGGGGUACAGCGGCCGGCCCCGCGGGGACUUGAUGGCCUACAAGGUGCCCCCCUUCGUGUUCCAGGCACCUGCCCCUGACUACCACCUGGACUACUGCUCCAUGUACACAGACCACAGUGUCUGUUCCCGAGACCCUGAAUGCAGUUGGUGUCAGGGAGCCUGCCAAGCUGCACCCCCUCCUGGGACCCCCUCUGGGGCUUGUCCUGCUGCCAGCUGUCUGGGCCUGGGUCGCCUCCUGGGUGACUGCCAGGCAUGCCUGGCCUUCAGCAGCCCUACAGCCCCUCCCCGGGGACCUGGUGCCCUGGGCUGGUGUGUGCACAAUGAGAGCUGCUUGCCUCGGCCUGAGCAGGCCCGCUGCCGAGGGGAGCAGAUCUCAGGCACUGUGGGCUGGUGGGGGCCCGUGCCAGUCUUUGUCACAUCACUGGAGGCCUGCGUCACCCAGAGCUUCUUGCCUGGCCUGCACCUGCUCACCUUCCAGCAGCCUCCCAACACCUCCCAGCCUGACAAGGUCUCAAUUGUCCGUAGUACGACUAUCACCCUUACACCCAGCGCAGAGACAGAUGUAUCCCUGGUCUACCGUGGCUUCAUCCACCCCCUGCUGCCAGGAGGGCCAGCUGGGCCUGGGGCUGAGGAUGUGGCCGUGUGGGCUCGGGCCCAGCGCCUACAUGUCCUGGCCCGGAUGGCCCGUGGCCCUGACACAGAUAACAUGGAGGAGGUAGGGCGCUGGGUGGCUCAGCAGGAGAAGGAGACAAGGCGGCUACAGCGCCCAGGGUCUGCUCGCCUCUUCCCACUGCCUGGGCGGGGCCACAAAUAUGCAGUGGAGAUCCGGGGCCAGCUCAAUGGCUCAGCAGGCCCUGGGCACAGCGAGCUCACUCUGCUGUGGGACCGGACUGGAGUGCCAGGUGGCAGUGAGAUCUCCUUCUUCUUCCUGGAGCCCUACCGUUCGUCGGCCUGUACCUCUUAUUCCUCUUGCCUGGGCUGCUUGGCAGACCAGGGCUGCGGCUGGUGCCUGACCAGUGCUAGCUGCCACCUGCGCCAGGGUGGGACUCACUGCGAGGAUGAUGGGGCCGGUGGGUCCUUGCUGGUGCUGGUACCUGCCCUCUGUCCACUCUGUGAGGAGCAUCGAGACUGCCACGCCUGCACCCAGGACUCCUUCUGUGAGUGGCAUCAGAGUACCAGCCGCAAAGGGGAUGCAGCAUGCAGCCGGCGGGGCCGUGGUCGGGGUGCCCUGAAGAGUCCAGAGGAGUGUCCCCCGCUCUGUAGCCAACGACUGACCUGUGACGACUGCCUAGCCAACUCCAGCCAGUGUGCCUGGUGCCAGUCUACUCACACCUGCUUCCUGUUUGCUGCCUACCUGGCCCGGUACCCGCAUGGGGGCUGCCGUGGCUGGGAUGACAGCGUGCACUCAGAGCCGCGGUGCAGGAGCUGUGAUGGCUUUCUGACAUGUCACGAGUGUCUACAGAGCCAUGAGUGUGGCUGGUGUGGCAAUGAGGACAACCCCACUCUGGGACGGUGCCUACAGGGAGACUUCUCAGGACCCCUGAGUGGGGGUAACUGCUCCUUGUGGGUUGGGGAGGGUCUGGGGCUGCCCAUCGCCCUCCCUGCCCGCUGGGCAUAUGCUCGCUGUCCAGAUGUGGAUGAAUGUCGCCUGGGCCUGGCCCGGUGCCACCCACGGGCAACCUGCCUGAACACACCCCUCAGCUAUGAGUGUCACUGCCAGCGGGGCUACCAGGGCGAUGGCAUCACGCACUGCAACCGCACGUGCCUGGAGGACUGUGGCCACGGGAUGUGCAGUGGACCCCCAGACUUCACCUGUGUGUGUGACCUGGGCUGGACAUCUGACCUGCCCCCACCCACACCUGCCCCAGGCCCCCCUACCCCGCGCUGCUCUCGGGACUGUGGCUGCAGCUUCCACAGCCAUUGCCGCAAGCGGGGACCUGGCUUCUGCGAUGAGUGCCAGGACUGGACAUGGGGGGAGCACUGCGAACGGUGCCGGCCUGGCAGCUUUGGCAACGCCACGGGCUCCGGUGGCUGCCGACCCUGCCAGUGCAAUGGUCAUGGGGACCCACGCCGUGGCCACUGUGACAACCUCAGCGGGCUCUGCUUCUGCCAGGACCACACUGAGGGUGCUCACUGCCAGCUCUGCUCCCCAGGCUACUAUGGGGACCCCCGGGCCGGUGGCUCCUGCUUCCGGGAGUGUGGGGGUCGCACCCUCCUCACCAACGUGUCCUCAGUGGCACUGGGCUCACGCCGGGUUGGGGGUCUGCUGCCUCCAGGUGGCAGGACUUCAAAAGCCGGGCCUGGCCUAUCCUACUGUGUGUGGGUUGUCUCUGCCACUGAGGUGCUACAGCCCUGUGCCCCUGGGACCCUCUGUCCCCCACUCACCCUCACCUUCUCCCCUGACAGCAGCACUCCCUGCACGCUGAGCUACGUCCUGGCCUUUGAUGGAUUCCCACGCUUCCUGGACACUGGCGUCGUCCAGUCAGACCGUAGCCUCAUAGCUGCCUUCUGUGGCCAGCAGCGGGACAGGCCCCUCACUGUGCAGGCCCUGUCUGGGCUGCUGGUACUACACUGGGAAGCCAACGGCUCCUCCUCCUGGGGCUUCAACGCCUCUGUGGGCUCUGCUCGCUGUGGGUCAGGGGGCCCUGGGAGCUGCCCUGUCCCCCAGGAGUGCGUACCUCAGGACGGAGCUGCAGGUGCUGGUCUCUGCCGAUGUCCCCAGGGCUGGGCUGGCCCACAUUGCCGCAUGGCUCUGUGUCCAGAGAACUGCAAUGCCCACACUGGGGCAGGGACUUGUAACCAGAGUCUGGGCAUAUGCAUCUGUGCUGAGGGCUUCGGGGGCCCUGAUUGUGCCACAAAGUUGGAUGGUGGGCAGCUGGUUUGGGAGACUCUCAUGGACAGCCGCCUCUCAGCUGACACUGCUAGCCGCUUCCUGCACCGCCUGGGGCACACCAUGGUGGAGGGACCUGAUGCUACCUUGUGGAUGUUUGGGGGCCUGGGUCUGCCUCAGGGGCUUCUGGGAAACCUGUACAGGUACUCCGUGAGUGAGCGGCGGUGGACACAGAUGCUGGCAGGAGCUGAAGAUGGGGGACCAGGCCCAUCACCCCGUUCCUUCCAUGCAGCUGCCUAUGUGCCUGCUGGCCGUGGUGCCAUGUAUCUGCUGGGGGGUCUCACAGCUGGAGGUGUCACCCAUGAUUUCUGGGUCCUCAACCUUACCACUCUGCAGUGGCGGCAGGAGAAGGCUCCUCAGACUGUGGAGUUGCCAGCAGUUGCUGGUCACACCCUCACUGCCCGCCGAGGCCUGUCUCUGCUCCUGGUGGGUGGUUACUCUCCUGAAAAUGGAUUCAACCAGCAGCUUCUUGAGUAUCACCUGGCGACCGGCACCUGGGUGUCAGGAGCCCAGAGUGGAACACCUCCAACAGGUCUCUAUGGUCACUCUGCAGUCUAUCACGAGGCCACUGACUCCCUCUAUGUGUUUGGGGGCUUCCGAUUCCACGUGGAGCUGGCAGCCCCAUCUCCAGAGCUCUACUCCCUGCACUGUCCUGACCGCACCUGGAGUCUUCUGGCCCCUUCUCAGGGGUCAAAGCCUCACCACCGGCUCUUCCAUGCUGCCGCCCUGCUGGGGGACACCAUGGUGGUUCUUGGGGGGCGCUCAGACACCGAUGAGUUCAGUAGCGAUGUUCUGCUCUACCAGGUCAACUGCAAUGCCUGGCUUCUGCCUGACCUCACUCGCUUGGCCUCUGUGGGGGCCCCAAUGGAGGAGUCUGUGGCCCAUGCCGUGGCAGCAGUGGGGAGCCGCCUGUAUAUCUCCGGGGGUUUCGGUGGGGUGGCCCUGGGCCGCCUGCUGGCACUGACCCUGCCUCCUGACCCCUGCCGCCUGCUGUCCUCAUCCGAAGCUUGUAACCAGUCUGGGGCCUGCACGUGGUGCCAUGGGGCUUGUUUGUCUGGGGACCAGGCCCACAGGCUGGGCUGUGAGGCGCCCCCCUGCUCCCCAAUGCCUCGAUCCCCGGAGGAAUGUCGCCGUCUCCGGACCUGCAGUGAGUGCCUGGCCCGCCAUCCCCGGACCCUGCGGCCUGGAGAUGGAGAGGCAUCUGCCCCCCGAUGUAAGUGGUGUACCAACUGCCCCGAGGGUGCCUGCAUCGGGCGCAAUGGGUCCUGCACCUCAGAAAAUGACUGUCGGAUCAACCAGCGAGAGGUCUUCUGGGCAGGGAACUGUUCAGAGGCAGCAUGUGGAGCUGCGGACUGUGAGCAGUGCACUCGGGAGGGCAAGUGCAUGUGGACACGACAGUUCAAGAGGACAGGGGAGACCCGCCGCAUCCUGUCGGUGCAGCCCACCUAUGACUGGACGUGCUUCAGCCACUCUUUGCUGAAUGUGUCCCCGAUGCCAGUGGAAUCGUCACCCCCACUCCCCUGCCCCACUCCCUGUCACCUCCUACCCAAUUGCACCUCCUGCCUGGACUCAAAGGGUGCGGAUGGGGGCUGGCAGCACUGUGUCUGGAGCAGCAGCCUGCAGCAGUGUCUGAGUCCUUCUUACCUGCAGCUGCGAUGUAUGGCCGGAGGCUGUGGGCGGCUGCUCCAGGGACCUGAGAGCUGCUCCCUGGGCUGUGCCCAGGCAACCCAGUGUGCCCUGUGCCUGCGGCGCCCCCACUGCGGCUGGUGUGCCUGGGGGGGCCAGGAUGGGAGUGGCCGCUGCAUGGAGGGUGGACUCAGUGGCCCCCGUGAUGGGCUGACGUGUGGGCGUCCUGGGACCUCCUGGGCCUUCCUGUCCUGCCCCCCUGAGGAUGAGUGUGCAAAUGGGCACCAUGACUGCAAUGAGACACAGAACUGCCAUGACCAGCCUCAUGGCUACGAGUGUAGCUGCAAGACGGGCUACACCAUGGACAACAUGACAGGGCUUUGCCGUCCAGUAUGCGCCCAGGGCUGUGUGAAUGGCUCAUGCGUGGAGCCUGACCAUUGCCGCUGCCACUUCGGCUUUGUUGGUCGCAACUGCUCCACAGAGUGUCGCUGCAACCGCCACAGCGAGUGUGCUGGCGUGGGGGCGCGUGACCAUUGCCUGCUCUGCCGCAACCACACCAAGGGCAGCCACUGUGAGCAGUGCCUCCCGCUGUUUGUGGGUUCAGCUGUGGGGGGCGGGACCUGCCGGCCCUGCCAUGCCUUUUGUCGUGGAAAUAGCCAUAUCUGCGUCUCCAGGAAGGAGCUUGAAAUGGCCAGGAAGGAGCCAGAAAAGUAUUCUUUGGAUCCAGAGGAGAUUGAAAACUGGGUGACAGAGGGUCCUAGUGAAGACGAGGCUGUGUGCGUGAACUGCCAAAAUAACAGCUAUGGGGACAAAUGCGAGAGCUGCCUCCAUGGCUACUUCCUUCUGGAUGGGAAAUGCACCAAAUGCCAGUGUAAUGGCCACGCAGACACGUGUAACGAGCAGGAUGGGACAGGUUGCCCAUGUCAGAACAACACAGAGACAGGCACGUGCCAAGGCAGCUCCCCCAGCGACCGCCGAGAUUGCUACAAAUACCAGUGCGCCAAGUGCCGUGAGUCGUUCCACGGAAGCCCACUUGGCGGCCAGCAGUGUUACCGCCUCAUCUCAGUGGAGCAGGAGUGCUGCCUGGACCCCACGUCCCAGACCAACUGCUUCCAUGAGCCGAAGCGCCGGGCACUGGGCCCUGGCCGCACAGUCCUCUUUGGUGUGCAGCCCAAGUUCACCAAUGUAGACAUCCGCCUGACGCUGGAUGUGACCUUCGGUGCUGUGGACCUCUAUGUCUCCACUUCCUAUGACACCUUUGUGGUCCGUGUGGCUCCCGACACUGGCGUCCACACUGUGCACAUUCAGCCCCCACCCCCUCCGCCCCCACCCCCACCCCCUGCUGAUGGUGGGCCCCGGGGAGCUGGGGAUCCAGGGGGACUAGGGGCUGGGAGUGGGCUGGGUACCCCAGUGGAGCCACGAGUACGAGAGGUGUGGCCACGGGGCCUGAUUACCUAUGUGACAGUGACGGAGCCAUCAGCUGUGCUCGUGGUCCGUAGUGUACGGGACCGGCUGGUCAUCACUUACCCGCACGAACACCACGCCCUCAAGUCCAGCCGCUUCUACCUGCUGCUCCUGGGUGUGGGAGACCCAAGUGGGCCCGGCGCCAAUGGCUCAGCCGACUCGCAGGGCCUGCUCUUCUUCCGGCAGGACCAGGCCCACAUUGACCUGUUUGUUUUCUUUUCUGUCUUCUUCUCCUGUUUCUUCCUCUUCCUCUCACUCUGUGUGCUCCUCUGGAAGGCCAAGCAGGCCCUAGACCAACAGCAGGAGCAGCGACGGCACUUGCAGGAGAUGACCAAAAUGGCUAGCCGCCCCUUUGCCAAGGUCACUGUCUGCUUCCCUCCUGAUCCUACUGCUCCAGCCCCGGCCUGGAAGCCGGCUGGGCUCCCACCACCUGCCUUCCGCCGCUCAGAGCCCUUCCUGGCACCCCUGCUGCUGACAGGGGCUGGUGGCCCCUGGGGACCCAUGGGAGGGGGCUGCUGCCCACCAGCCAUCCCCGCCACCACUGCUGGCCUGCGAGCUGGGCCCAUUACCCUUGAGCCUACAGAAGAUGGCAUGGCUGGUGUGGCCACACUGCUGCUCCAGCUGCCUGGCAGGCCCCAUGCACCUAAUGGUGCCUGCCUGGGGUCAGCCCUCGUCACGCUGCGGCACAGGCUGCAUGAGUACUGUGGGGGCAGCGGGGGUGCUGGGGGAAGUGGGCAUGGGACUGGAGCAGGUCGGAAGGGACUAUUGAGCCAGGACAACCUCACCAGCAUGUCCCUCUGACCUGCUGCAGGGUCCUCAGCUAUAGCAGCUGAGUUGCCUGGUGGGGCCACCCUGGACUUGGGGUCCCCUGGACACUGUCUCCUCAGACCGCUGGUUCCCUUCCCCAGGGGUCUCUAGACAGGGCCUCCUUUGUUCUGCAUUCAGCAGCUAUUUAUUGAGCACCUAUGUGCCAGGCACUGUUGUAGCCAUGGGACAAAGUAGGAACCAAGACCCGAGGUUCCCUGAUGUCAUAGGACUUAGGUCGCAGUGCAGUGAGACAAUCGGCAUGCUGGUGCGUGUCCGCAUGCACACAUAGACAAGUAAGAUGGCUUCAGAGAGGGAUAAGUGCUGUGAGACCUCAAAGGGAUGUGGCUGCAUGGGACCACAGAGUAAAGUCGAUUGGGCAUUCUGAGAAGGUACAUUGAGAACGACUGGGAAGAAAUGGCCAUGGAAAGAGCUUCAGGAACUCUCCAGGCAGAGAGAACUGCACAGGCAAAGGCCCUGAGGUGGGAACCAACUUAUUUCAUUGAAAAACGUCAGAAAACUGGCCAGUGUGACUCGGACCAAGUGAGAGGAGAUGAGGUUGGGGACAGGCACGGUCAGGAUCACCCAGGGGCCAGAUGGGGGUUGGGGUUUAAUUCUCAGGGCAAUGGGAAGCCAUUGAACGGUUUUAUGAGGGAGCCACAGGAUCUGACAAACCUAUUUAAAAAAUCACUCAGCUAUGGAUUGGAGGGGAUAAGAGAGGCAAUGGGGACAGGGCUAGAGGGCUGAGUCAGGGUGGUGGCAGUCAGGAUAAAGAAUUUGUGUGGAUGUCAGGCUGAGGGAGGGGACAAAUCCAGAGUGACCCCUAACUUGUGGCCUGAAGCUUGGGGGAUGUGGGGUCAUUUACAACGGGGCAGAUGGGGCUUGUGGGGAUGAUCAAAAGUUUAAUUCUUGAUGGGAGUUGCCCUUUAGACAUCUCUUUGGGCAGGUCUGACUAGGGAUGGAGACACCACUGUGAGCAUUUCAACAGGAGGAGUUGAGUGCAGGGAAUCAGUAGUGCUGGCCAGGUUGGUGGCUGCCAAUGGGACAGAUGGGACAAUGAGCAGCCCAGAUGUGAGCAAGAGCAGAAAGUUGCUGCCACCAUCCUAAACUGAAGAGACAAAGCUCAGUGGAGAUGUUACCCAACCCUGGGGCUAUGGUCACCCAGUGAAGCUGGGACAACAGAGGCCUGUUGACAGGGAGCCUCAGAAGAGGCAAUACCUCUGCUUGACGUGCCAUUUCAGGUGGGUGCGGGAAGGACACUAGGGUCAGAGGUGGAAGUGCCAGAAUGACCAGUGCACAGCUCUCUUCAGAUAGUGCUGCCUCACUGCGGGGCUGCUCCCACCGGAGCCACCUCCAUGGACUUCUGAGCUCUCUUACCCCUUGAGGACCCCCUGACCCCAAUCCUAGCAGUCUUCUUGAACUUCUUGGACUCUCCUUCCCCAAAACUUCAACCCUUAGCUGCUUUUUUGGUCCUUGAGGGUACUGGGCACUGCAUCAUCCCCCUGCUGGGGUCCCAGUCUGAGAGGCACUGCCAAUGUGUGCAUGUCAGAGAUGGCAGGGGCCACAUCUGAGGCAGAGGAGAGUGACUAACAAAUAAAGAGUGUGGGGAAGA